AUGAUCAAAGACCAAGGUUUUAAAUUAGUGGCAUAUUUAAGAGGUGGACGCUUUGCCAAAUGUGAUGCCAAAUAUAAAAGUUGUGCAAAAGUUGGGGGUGAGAAUGGCCGUGAGUGUAGUGAGACCUCUCCCUUCAUGCAGCUGAAUGAGGUGGAGAAAGGUGUCAGUGCAGCACCUGUUGAAGAAAAGAACCUGGCACUAUAUGAGGAUGAAAUGAUACAACGUCCCAAGAUUUCCACACUUCUUAGUAGUUUAGUCAAUUACAAUCCCUUACCUCAAGGACCUGCAGACAAUGAAGAUACACAAGAUCCUUCCUCUAAGAAAAAGACAAAACAAAAAAAGGCUACCAAAAUGGGGACUAUUAUGGGUGUAUAUUUACCGUGUUUACAAAAUAUUCUGGGAGUUAUUCUUUUCUUGCGUCUUCCGUGGAUUGUGGGAAAUGCCGGAGUGCUGGAAGGAUUUUUUAUUGUAUUUAUAUGCUGUUGUACGACUUACAUGGCUCCUGUCUUAUCCAUAUUUGGUGAUAUUAGCGGUGUCGGAGCAUCCCAAAGUCCUGUUAUGUACAACAACAUGCGUGUAUAUGGUUCUAUAUUGCUUAUAUUGAUGUGUCUAAUGGUUUUCGUAGGUGUCAAAUACGUCAACAAGUGUGCAUCGUUGUUCUUAGCGUGUGUUAUCAUAUCUGUUAUAUGUAUUUAUAUUGGGUUUUUCGUACCACACAGUGGACCAAUGUAUUGUGAAAUGGAUGGUGAUAAAGCGCUACAGAAGGAUACAAGUGAGCCGUGUUCGUGGUACUACGAUGAUGGCAACUAUACAAGUUUAGCAAUUAUGUAUUGUGAUUACAACAAUCCUAAUCUAACCUGUGAUGAGUACUAUGCAAAUCACGAGUUAAAAUCUGUCAAUUCCAUCCCAGGGAUUGCUAGUGGUGUGUUCAUAGACAAUGGGAAAAACUUGUACAGAGCAGAAGGAGAAGUGUUACCACGUGAACAAGGCAAACACAAUCAGAUUGUGGCCGACAUGACAACUUCAUUUACAAUUUUACUAGCAAUCUUCUUUCCGUCAGUCACCGGUAUAAUGGCAGGAUCAAACAGAUCUGGUGAUUUAAAAGAUGCGCAGCAGUCAAUACCAAGAGGAACCAUUGCGGCAAUUUUGACAACUACUUUUAUUUAUUUGACAACUGUUUUGUUUUUUGGUGCUACUGGGAAAGGAGUCGUUCUCAGAGAUAAGUUCGGUGAAAGUAUUGGUGGUUCGUUGGUUGUUGCUCAGCUGGCAUGGCCAAAUGAAUGGGUCAUACUGAUUGGCUCUUUCAUGUCAACUGUUGGAGCAGGGCUACAGAGUUUAACUGGAGCACCACGUCUACUACAGGCCAUAGCAAAAGACAAUAUAAUUCCAUUUCUAGCAAUAUUUGGACGUGGUUCUUCAACUGGGGAACCUACAUGGGCAUUAUUAUUAACGCUUUGUAUAUCAGAAGUUGGGAUAUUAAUAGCUAGUUUAGAUAUGGUAGCUCCUAUUAUUACUAUGUUCUUCCUAAUGUGUUAUAUGUUUGUUAACUUUGCGUGUGCACUCCAGACAUUGCUAAGAACGCCUAAUUGGAGACCACGAUUCCGUUACUACCACUGGACGCUAUCAUUACUCGGUGCUGGGCUGUGUAUUUCUCUGAUGUUUAUUUCUAGCUGGUACUAUGCAUUGGUAGCUGCAGCAGUAGCAUUAUGUAUUUACAAGUACAUAGAAUAUAGAGGUGCUGAGAAAGAAUGGGGAGAUGGAUUGAGGGGUUUGUCAUUAACGGCCGCAAGAUUUAGUCUACUCAGACUUGAAGACAACCCACCACAUACCAAAAAUUGGAGACCCCAAAUUUUGGUUAUGUGUAAAUUGGAUGGGAACUACCAACCAAAGGAAAGUGGGAGAAAACUACUGACAUUUGCUAGUCAGUUGAAAGCAGGUAAAGGUCUAACUCUGGUUGGCAGUGUCAUUGAAGGAGAUUUCCUCAAUAACUACGGAGAAGCACAAGCAGCUAAAUUAUGUCUUCGAAAAUACAUGGCAGAGGAGAAGAUUAGAGGCUUUGCAAAAGUACUGGUGUCUAAACGAGUAUCUGAUGGCAUAUGUUCUCUUAUCCAGACAUGUGGACUUGGUGGUUUAAAACACAACACUGUAGUUGUGGGAUGGCCAUAUGGAUGGAGACAGGCUACAAAUGAAAAGUCAUGGAAAGUAUUUAUUGACACCGUUAGGGUUGUGUCGUCCAAUAAAAAUGCGUUAUUGGUACCAAAGAACAUUCAUCUAUUUCCUGAAAAUUCAGAAAAGUUUGAAGAGGGCACAAUAGACGUGUGGUGGAUUGUACAUGAUGGAGGUAUGUUAAUGCUGUUACCAUUCCUACUAAAGCAACACAAGACAUGGAAAAACUGUCAACUUAGGAUAUUCACUGUGGCACAGAUGGAGGAUAACAGCAUACAAAUGAAAAAAGAUCUUGAAAUGUUUUUACAUCUGCUUAGAAUAGAAGCUGAAGUUGAAGUCAUUGAAAUGCUUGACAGCGACAUCAACGCAUAUACCUAUGAGAGGACGUUGAUGAUGGAACAGAGACACGAAAUGUUGAAAGAGAUGAAACUAACAAAGAAACAGUCAAGACGUGAGGGAUUUAUGCUGACUGCGGAGGUUCAACGUCUUCUGGACCAAAGACAUCCUGCAAUGAAGGACCAAAAAAAGCAAGAUAGUUUCAAUGAAUCAGUGAAAAUGGAAGAACUGGCAGCCGCAGAUGAAGCACAGUUAGUCGAAGAAGGAUUGAUGGAAGGCCUGGAAGAAAAUGGAGAAAUGCCGGGGGAGUUCAGCGCCACUGAGACAGACACCGAGAGCAAAAUGGAUGGUAAUGAUGCAGAUGUUGAAAGCGACACGGAUGAGGGAUGUAAGGUUCCCAUAGCAACCAUUGAUGUUGACAGUGAAACUACAGAUACUCCAAGCAGACCAGCUGCAGAGCAUAAGAAACUGCCAAGAAAACCUAGUACAAGACCAGCGAGGGAAAUCAAAGAAUACUAUAAAAAUUUACUUCAUAUCAAACCGCAUGCCUUGAACGUACGACGCAUGCACACAGCGGUGAGUCUAAACGAAGUGAUUGUAGAGAAGUCACAUGAUGCUAAACUGGUGAUACUGAAUUUACCUGGUCCACCUACUAAUACAACCGGCGAUGCGAACUAUAUUGAAUUCUUAGAAGUAUUAACUGAGGGGAUUGACAGGAUUUUAAUGGUGAGAGGCGGAGGAAGAGAGGUGAUUACAAUUUAUUCAUGAGGCAAGACGGCAAAACUUCACAAGUAUGUAAUUCAGAAAUAUGGCGAAGAUUGGUUUCUAUUUUCAAACUUUGUGGAUUUUCUUUGUUUCUCUCUUUUUUGGAUCAAAAGUACUAAGUCACAUACUGUGAACAAAAUUCCAUAGCAUUCUCUAAAUUUUGUAAUUAUAUUUAGUGAAAUUGUAUUUUUUAUUAUUAUUACAUCAGGCCUAUUCUAUAUUUGUGUCUUAUAAGUUUACAAGUCUUUGAAUUUAAAUAUUGAACAAAUCAUGUUUUAUCAGUGCUAGCAAAG